GGACUACCAGUUUCCAAUCCGAAGGAGUUUUGAACCUCAGUCUUUGGGUGGCUCUAUCCAUUGGCGGACAGAAUGGGGGCGGGGCCUGAGGUCUUCGCCGGCACAGCCUGUGGGUAAGGUAGGAGGCUAGAGGGGAACCCCGCGACAGGGCGGCCUCUGAUCGACUCUGGCUUCUCUCUCCGCCCCCGCUGGCCCCCACCUCUUUCAGAAUGACAUUGGACGUGGGGCCAGAGGAUGAGCUGCCCGACUGGGCUGCGGCCAAAGAAUUUUAUCAGAAGUACGACCCUAAAGACGUCAUUGGCAGAGGAGUGAGCUCUGUGGUCCGCCGCUGUGUUCAUCGGGCUACUGGCCAGGAGUUUGCGGUGAAGAUCAUGGAGGUGACAGCCGAGCGGUUGAGUCCUGAGCAGCUGGAGGAGGUGCGAGAGGCCACGCGGCGGGAGACGCAUAUCCUUCGCCAGGUCGCCGGCCACCCCCACAUCAUCACUCUCAUCGAUUCCUACGAGUCUUCUAGCUUCAUGUUCCUGGUGUUUGACCUGAUGCGGAAGGGAGAGCUGUUUGACUAUCUCACAGAGAAGGUGGCCCUCUCAGAAAAAGAAACCAGGUCCAUCAUGAGGUCUCUGCUGGAAGCAGUGAGUUUUCUCCACAACAACAACAUCGUACACCGAGACCUGAAGCCUGAGAAUAUUCUCCUAGAUGACGAUAUGCAGAUCCGACUUUCAGAUUUUGGGUUCUCCUGCCACCUGGAACCAGGCGAGAAGCUUCGAGAGUUGUGUGGGACUCCAGGGUAUCUAGCACCAGAGAUCCUUAAGUGCUCCAUGGAUGAAACUCACCCAGGCUACGGCAAGGAGGUCGAUCUCUGGGCCUGCGGGGUGAUCUUGUUCACACUCCUGGCGGGCUCCCCACCAUUCUGGCACCGACGCCAGAUCCUGAUGUUACGUAUGAUCAUGGAGGGCCAGUACCAGUUUAGUUCACCCGAGUGGGACGACCGUUCAGACACUGUGAAAGACCUGAUCUCCAGGCUGCUGCAGGUGGAUCCUGUGGAGCGCCUGACAGCUGAGCAAGCCCUACAGCACCCAUUCUUUGAGCGCUGUGAAGGCAGCCAAGCCUGGAACCUCACCCCCCGCCAGCGGUUUCGGGUGGCAGUGUGGACCGUGCUGGCCGCUGGACGGGUGGCCUUAAGUGCCCACCGUAUCCGGCCACUGACCAAGAGUGCACUGUUGAGGGACCCUUACGCGCUGCGGCCAGUGCGGCGCCUGAUCGACAACUGUGCCUUCCGGCUCUACGGACACUGGGUGAAGAAGGGUGAGCAGCAGAACCGGGCAGCCCUCUUCCAGCACCGGCCCCCAGGACCUUUUCCCAUGAUGGGCCCUGAAGAGGAGGGGGACUCGGCUGCUAUCGCCGAGGAUGAGGCCAUGCUAGUGCUGGGCUAGCACGUCAUCCCGGAGGAUGCAGAACUCUCCAGGAGAAGGUUCUUUAUCAUUCCAGCCCCUCUGGGCUCUGGCCACAGGCCACCAUUGGCCAGGCCCACCACCAAUCAUACUAUCAUAGAGACCAGUGUGGUACACCUGUCCCCGCUAGCCAGGGCUUUGAGAUCAGAGCUGGGGUGGAAGAGAGCCACCAGGGUGUCACGCCUGGCCUUAUCUGUGCUGCCUGCACCACGUAUGCAAUAAAACCUGCUACAUGCCA